AUGGAAAAAUCCAAGAAAGAACUUAGAGAAAGGGCGUUUAAAGAAAUUGAUAAAUUUCUUGAGUCUUCCAUCAGCAAAUUGGAUAAUUUCUGUAAAUUAUAUCAAAGAUCGAACAGAAGAAGAGUUGUCAAAAACAGUUUCAGAAUGCAAUAUAAUUAUUUCUGAACUUGAAAACUCAUUAUUGAAUAUUGAAUCGGAAGAGCCAAGAGAAGCUUUAUUGCGAACCCCAAGAUGUUUUUCAUCAUUUAAUUUCUCUCGUUCUAUAUCUUCCUAUUUAGAAUCGAUUUCUAUUAGUAUUAAUUCAAAAAAAUCAAGACAACUAUUCGAUAUCUACGAAGAAAAACUAAAAAUAUUUGAUGCAAAAACAAAGCUAAUUCAAACAUUCGCUCUCUCAUUUCCAUCUUACUAUGGUUCAUCUAUUGUUUUAUUAGAAAAUAAUCAUAUUUUGAUAACUGGAGGUUUUGAUUAUAAAGAUUGAGUGCCUUCUUCAAGAGUGCUAUACUUAAAUUUAAUGAAUUGUUUAUGUGAAAAUAAGCCUGAUUUAAUAGUAUCAAGAGGAAAUCAUACAAUGCAAAAAUUCAAUGAACUGGUUUUUGUUAUUGGAGGGUGAGGUCUUACUAGCCCUGCACUAGCAGAAAUUGAAUGUUUUAACCUUAGGCUCCAAUCUUGAGAAAAAGUUUGUGAUUUAGUUAAACCUAGACAAUAUCAUAGCAGUUGCUUAUUUGAAGGGAAAAUCUAUAUUAUAGGAGAUGAUGAUGCUAUUGAAAUUUUUGACCCAGCAUAUAAUCAAACAAAAAUAGUAGAGCUUGAAGGUAUCGUUCUUUAUAUGAAUUUCAUAUUGAUUUUUCGAAAAGAAGUAGUACAAGAGUAUUAUCCUGAAGAAAAUAGAAUAAUUGAGCAUGGAAAACUAUUAACUGAUAGCAUUGAAACCGGUGGAAUAAUUCAAAGCAUUGUAUAUGAAAAUAAGAUUUAUAUAAGAAGAGAUGAUCUAGGCUUUUGAGUCUAUGACUAUGAUAUUAAUAGCUUAAAUAUCAUUCAUGAUAACUCUUAUAGAUAG